CCAAAAGAACAAAUGAAUCAUUGGUUUCAUCAGAAAUAGACAAAUAGCGGUGUAUUAUCAACAUAAUUUUAUAAAUUACACAACCGUAGAUUCAGAUCCACCACUAAUACAAAUAUCGGCAUUCAAUACUUUCCUUAACUAGCUUAACUUAUUAUAGUGGAUGUUACCUUUAUUAUCCUAUUUGAGUAAAGUACAUUGUAUCUUACUCUAUCCAAACCAACCUUAACUUGAAGAACUACGUACUAUUACUAUAUAUAGAACUAUAUAUAGAAGCCCAUAAAAAAAUUGGUUUAACUUUGAACUGUAAUACAAAAUAAAAAAAAUGGAAAAAGAAAGAGAUAAAAGCGAAUCAGUUGUUACAGUACUUUACGAGGCAGCUCUAACAGGAGAUGUACCUUCCAUGCUCAACUUGCUCGAACAAGAUCAAUUUAUACUCGAGCGAUGUAUCAUUGAAAAAUCAUGCCAUUUCAUGCAAUCUCCAUUACAUGUAGCUGUUAACAUGGGGCACAUACAAUUCGUACGUGAAAUUCUACGUCGAAAGCCACAAUUCGCAGAGGUGGUUGAUCGAUUAAGAAGAUCUUCACCAUUGCACAUUGCCUGCGCAAUAAAAGGGCGAUUAGAGAUUGUUAAUAUAUUGGUCGAAGAGAAACCAAAUAUGUGUUUUGCUCAAGAUCAAGAUGGAAGGACUCCUAUUCAUGUCGCUGUGGUUAAUGGUAAUGUUGAAGUGAUGGAGGUGCUUCUUAAAGAAAAGCAUCAAGCUGCUUGGGAGCGGACUAUGGGUGGCGAGACUGUUUUACAUUUGUGUGUUAAAAACAAUCAACUUGAUGCUCUUAAAUCGUUGGUUAAUAAAACAGAUGAUCCUGAGUUACUUAACUUUGCUGAUAGCAAUGGCGAUACUGCUUUACACCUAGCAGUGGCUUACAAAGAAUCCGAGAUGGUAGAAUGUUUACUAGCACAAAACAAGAUAGCCAAAGAUGUUAGAAACAAAAAAGAAAAGACAAUUGUGGAUAUUCAUAAAGAAACUAACAAGGGUUCAGAAGCUGAUAAGAAGAUCGAUCGACUUCUCAAAAAAUACAAAGCAAAACCAGCAAAGUACGGACUAAAACGCCAAACCGAAAACAAGUGGUUAGAGGAACAAAACACCGCCCUAAUGGUGGUGGCAGCAUCGAUAGCAACCAUGGCUUUCCAAGUUGGAAUGAAUCCCCCAGGAGGCGUAUGGCAGGAUAACAAUAACGGCCAUGAAGCAGGUACUUCCAUAAUGUCAUAUGAUAGUGAUGGAGCUGAUUACAACGUUGUACUAGUUAGUAACACAAUUGGACUAAUAUCAUCUCUAAGUGUUAUCCUUCUUCUUAUAAGUGGGCUUCCUUGUAAGCGAUUCUUUGUGUUUGUUUUGAGGAUAACAUUGUGGAUUUCUGUAUCGGCAACUGCAGCUACUUACUUGUUAGCGAUAGGGUAUGUGACGCCUAAUGUUAUCAACAAAGCAUCGUUAGUGAAUGAUGCUAUGGAUUAUUCUGUCGAGGUGUGGUUAUGGUUGGUAGCAGUUAUACUGUUGGGACAUGGCGUGCUCUUUAUACUGAAGUUGAUUGGUCAUGAUCGGAGGCAAAAGAUUAGAGAGUUUUACAAAACGCAUUUUGUUAAACCUGUAGAAGCGGUUCCUAAGCGAGUUUUGGAAUCUCAAAUAACCUGUCCAAUUGUUUGAUCCAAGUAUCGAUCACUUCUACAAAAUAAAGUCUUCGUAAAUCGUAAUGGAGUCCUAUCUAAUGCCCCAUAUGCUUAUUUCUGUUCCAUCCACCAUAAAAUGUACUACCUUGCACGUAGUCAUUAUUUCUUGUACCAACUAUUUAAUUAAGACCUUAACCUUGUUUUACAA